GUAACUCCACGGCCUAGCAACCGUUGCCAAGGAGCUCGACUCUAGGAGCCGUCUAGAGCCCGGGCGCCUCCUGGGGGGUGGGGAGACGGUUUCGUGAGGAGGAUUUGAGUUAAAAUUAUAAGACCUAAUUAUGAGUGAUCAAAUUAAAUUCAUUGUGGACAGUCUCAAUAAGGAGCCCUUUAGGAAGAACUAUAAUUUAAUCACGUUUGAUUCCUUGGAGCCAAUGCAACUAUUACAAGUUCUUAGUGAUGUCCUGGCUGAGAUUGACCCAAAGCAACUUGUGGAUUUAAGAGAGGAGAUGCCAGAGCAGACAGCCAAACGAAUGUUGAGCCUUCUUGGUAUUCUUAAAUACAAACCUUCAGGGAAUGCCACAGACAUGAGUACUUUUCGUCAGGGUUUGGUGAUUGGAAGUAAACCUGUAAUUUACCCAGUGCUCCACUGGCUUCUUCAGAGGACUAAUGAACUGAAGAAAAGAGCAUAUUUAGCUCGUUUUUUAAUAAAACUUGAGGUACCAAGUGAGUUUCUUCAGGAUGAAACUGUGGCUGACACCAAUAAACAGGUAAACAAUACAUAUAAUAGGAAGCUGUUUGUAUAUCUUAUUAUACAUUCAUAUUUAAUACUCAAUCAGGCAUCUAUCAUUUCCCGUAAAAAAGAAGCCAAAGCUGAAGAACUUCAGGAGGCCAAGGAGAAGUUAGCCAGCCUAGAGAGAGAAGCAUCAGUAAAGAGAAAUCAGACCCGUGAAUUCGAUGGUACUGAAGUUUUAAAGGGAGAUGAGUUCAAACGAUAUGUCAGUAAACUUCGAAGCAAGAGUACAGUUUUCAAAAAGAAACAUCAGAUAAUAGCUGAACUUAAAGCUGAAUUCGGUCUUUUGCAGAGAACUGAAGAACUUCUUAAGCAACGUCAUGAAAAUAUUCAACAACAAUUGCAAACUAUGGAGGAGAAAAAGGGUAUAUCCGGAUAUAGUUACACCCAGGAAGAGCUAGAAAGAGUAUCUGCACUGAAGAGUGAAGUUGAUGAAAUGAAAGGACGAACAUUGGAUGAUAUGUCUGAAAUGGUGAAAAAACUGAAUUCACUGGUAUCUGAAAAAAAGUCAGCUCUUGCCUCAGUUAUAAAAGAGCUACGACAGUUGCGUCAAAAAUGUCAAGAACUGACCCAGGAGUGUGAUGAAAAGAAAUCCCAGUAUGAUAGCUGUGCAGCAGGCCUCGAAAGCAAUCGGUCCAAAUUAGAACAGGAAGUUAGAAGACUCCGUGAAGAAUGUCUUCAAGAAGAAAGUAGAUACCAUUAUACAAAUUGUAUGAUUAAGAACCUAGAAGUUCAACUUCGUCGUGCUACUGAUGAGAUGAAGGCAUAUAUCUCUUCUGAUCAACAAGAAAAAAGAAAGGCAAUUAGGGAACAGUAUACCAAAAAUAUUGCUGAACAAGAAAACCUUGGAAAGAAACUUCGGGAAAAACAAAAAGUUGUACGAGAAAGUCAUGGUCCAAAUAUGAAGCAAGCAAAAAUGUGGCGUGAUUUGGAACAAUUAAUGGAAUGUAAGAAACAGUGCUUUCUGAAACAACAAAGCCAAAUUUCCAUUGGUCAGGUAAUUCAGGAGGGAGGAGAGGACCGGCUAAUACUGUGAAUUGUGUCAUCGUUUGGAGUUUUACUUGAUACCACUAGCUAUAAGCCUAAUCUCAUAAUGUAUUUCUUUUUUGAAACUGAUUUGUAUAGCGUUUUAUUUUCAGAUUAGCCAUUCUUUAUUAAGUUUUCGUAGAAAAUAAUGUUAAGGUAGAUUUAGUUUUAAUGUUUUUUCAUAUGAAAAAGAGGCUUUUAUUAUUUUCCGUAGUUUAGACAUCACUGGCAUCUUCUGAGUUUUAUGAGACAGGAAACUAAGUUUACUAUCUGUAAAUGUAAACAUAUGUCCAUUAAGAAACAUGUAGUUUUUUUUUAGGAUGUGAUAACCCAAUGGCUUACUGUUUUUCUUAAUCUUUUUUAAAAAACUUUAGAAGAAUCUUUUAGGAAUUAGUAUCUCUUGUUUUGAAGCAACGUUUAUCUGAAGUUCAGCAGUUCGUACAGUUUCACUUCAGUUUAUUUUUCUUCUGUAAAAUGCAAGAAAAUUUAAUAUUUUGACUAACAUGUUUGUUCUGUUUGUAUAAUUUAAAGACAAAUAAACUUGGUACAUAUUUUAUGUCUAUUUAAAAAAUG